AUGACUGUACCCACUCUACCCAACAGCUUGUCGGCUCCUGUCAAUGUGACCAUCAAGGCUCUGAAGGCCAACUCUGCCGUGGUGACAUGGGACAUCCCCGAGGGGGACCCCGUCAUCGGCUUCGCCAUCACACAGCAGAAAAAGGAUGUGCGCAUGCUACGCUUCAUCCAGGAAGUGAACACCACCACCCGCUCCUGUGUAUUAUGGGACUUGGCGGAGGAGACCGACUACAUUGUGCACGUGCAGUCCAUCAGCAUGAGUGGGCCCAUGAGUCCGCACAGCGAACCGCUGCGCUUCCGGACACCCAAGGAGGCCGAGACACAGGCCUCCAAGAGUAAAGACGAGGUGACCAUGGAGGAAGUGGGAGCUCAGCUGAGGGCGGGGGAGUUCAUCAUUAUCGUGGUGGUGCUGAUCAUGUGGGCAGGUGUGAUUGCUCUCUUCUGCCGUCAGUAUGACAUCAUCAAAGACAACGAGCCCAACAACAACAAGGACAAAGCCAAGACCUCAUCAGAGUGCAGUACUCCGGAGCACCCAACGGGGGGGCUGUUGCGCAGUAAGUUCCCCAAGAACAAUAACAACAACAACCGUACGCCAUCUGUGAACAUCAUCGAGCUGUGAUGACUAGGGCCCUCUCUAAUCCAAAGGACUGAGUGUCUUCUGAACAGAGCAACCAAAAUGCCCGUUAUGCCCAUCUGCUUGUUAGGGUGAGGCUGGGACUGUGGGCACGCCCCUUUGGCCGUGCCCAGCCCUUUGGCAUGGGGCUUGGAUGUGAACUGGGCCCCCAGGACUCCAGGGGUUAGGCCUCAAAGGAGAGGCUCUAGGUGUGAUGGCAGGACUGUGGCUGUCACUGCUCUAAUCACUGCCACAGGGCCAAGGAGAUAAGGGCCAAAUGGAUUCAGCUAUAAGCUGAGAAACAGAUGGGAGAUAUGAACAUGGCCAGGGAACUGCAGGUAACCAGGGCCAGAGGCCAUCUCUCUAUUAGCUUCAGUGCAGGCUGCUGAGGGGAG